CGAGAGAGCAGGGACUCAGGAAUUUCACAUAUAAUAGGGAAAGAUGGAGACAAGGAGGCCAGAAGUAGGCCAACUGGGAGCUUUUACGGUUCUGAAUCCUGCCAUUGCCUUUAGUUAAGUCUGUCAAGGCCUUCAAACGUGGCACACCCUUGGCUUUCAACGCCCCUCGCCCCGCGGCUUGCCACAUGUCGGCCGGAAUUUGCAUUUGCCGUCCUUCAGAAUAACCCGGGUCGCACCAAGCAGACUCGCAACAAGCUUGGAUUUGCCGGGUGUCGGAACCAAGACCACUCCCGGUUAUUCCACGGCCUCACCAUGGGCCUCCGAGAGGAAUGCCCGUCAUCCUCGAUCAAUGCGGCGGAUGGGUCGAGAAUGGCGCCGUCAACGCUGGAUCUGUUGAUCCUCACCUUCAACUGCGCAAAGAACUUGAUUAAUGCUUCCGUCUUUGCCUCGCAUCUGCAUACUGCGCUGUUGCAGAAUGCCGCUGGUCUGCCUGAUCUUGUUGUCUUCUCGCUGCAAGAGGUAGCACCGCUCUCACACGCCUUUAUCGGCCCCUACUUCCUGGACCCUUACUAUGUUCGCUUUGGUGACGCACUCAAUGUCGCCUCGGAACGGGUGCUUGCGGCCGCUGGGAGAGACGGCCAUGAUGAGCACGUCCUUUCUACCACGCCGCCGAGGGUGGCCGGUCCCCCGUACACGCUCGUGCGGGCCAAGAAUGUCGGCAUGACGGCCAUUCUUCUCUAUGCCCGUGACCCGGCCGCGGCGAAGCAGAUUGAGGAAGCAGAGUGUGGCUUCGGUGCCGCAGACAUGGGCAACAAGGGCGCCGUCGGCCUGCGCGUGACAUGGAGCCGAGGCCGAGGCCAUGACGGCGAUGAAGAACCCAUGUCCACCGAGCUGACCUUUGUCGCCACCCACAUGGCCGCCAUGGAAUGGAACCUCAAAAAGCGCAACUCCAACUGGCGCUCCAUCGUGUCUUGCCUGACCUUUGCCAACCCGCGGAGCCUUCUGCCGGGAGUCUUUCCUGCCGAAACGUCCAUCGCGCAAACACCGGACCGUUCAGGGGCAGGCGACACAGCGCCGCGCUAUCCAACUCUGACCUCAUCCGGUUCCUCCUCGUCCUCCUCCGAGGAAGACGAUAAUGACUCCAACAAAGACACGACCAACAACGAGGAGGAAGAAGACACCCGGCCCCUCCUACCGCACCACCAGUCCUCCUCCAACGACAACCUCGUACAAGACGAGACGCACAGAGCCAAACUGCAGUCCAUCUCCAUCUUCAAGCCGACAUCCCACCUGUUCGUGGCGGGCGACCUCAACUACCGCAUCGCCGAGACCACUCCGCCACCACUCUCCGUCUUCCCAAGCUUUGACCCUGCCUCGCCGAACCAUUACUCAACUUUUUUCCACCGCGACCAGCUCACGCGCGAGCGCAAAGCAAACAGGACCUGCCAUGGCCUCUCUGAGAGCCCCGUCACCUUUGGUCCUACCUACAAGUACGACGUGCUUGACUCCGCCGAGGGCGCGGAUAACCGCGCCGAGGUGCUCGCUGCUGCGGCUGCGGCUGCCAGGAGUAGUAGUAGCAACAGGAGGGACGGGGAUGACGAGGGAAAGGUGGUGGAAGUAGUGCCCUGGCGGUUUGCGCGGCACCGCUGGCCCGGGUGGUGCGAUCGCGUUCUGUGGCUGGACGUGGCGCCCUGGGUGGUGCAGCGACUGCAGCGGCACGGAAAGGGGACCGGGACCGGGACCGGGCAACAACUGCGGGUUGAGACGCUGCUGUACGACGCGUUGCCCGUGCUGGCGACCAGCGACCACCGGCCGGUUGUCUGGCGCGGGCUGGUGCCGGUUCUGGGCGCGGCAGAUAUGGCUGUUCCCACUUCUACUAGCACUGGGGAAGGGGACGGGUUGCUCGACGAGGAGUGGAAGGCUGAUCCGAGAGUGCGCUUGCCUGUCCCCGUGGACGUGCAUGCUUGGGAGAGGAGGGCCAGGGCGAGGAGACGAGAGCUCGUGGUCGGUUGGUCGGCGUUUCUGUGGAGCACCAAGGAGGGCGCGCUCUUGCUGGCGACGGUGUUGGCGUUGGGAGUCGGAGGGUGGUGGUUCCUCCGAGGGUGGUGAGCGGUUAUGGGGGUUGAAUAGGGGGAGAUGGGUAUGCUAUAUAUUUUGUAUACACUGGGUUAUAUAUACCUGUGUCUGCGUGGGUAUGAGAGGCUUGGAAAUCUCCUCGUGGAGUUUGGUCUCUAUUUUGAUAGACAUAUCUAUAUAACGUUAUGACUUGCGUGGACCCGAUGUUCGGAGUGCGUGAUCACGGAGACUUGUAUGGCCGGCA